AUGGAGUUCUUCAAAUUCUUUCCCUUAUUUUUAACAGUUUUUCUCCUAAACAAAGCUUCUGCUGAAGAACAAUCCUCCAUUAAUGCAGCUUCUGAAAAAGCAGCAUUACUUUCUUUCAGAAAUGGUAUUGUUUCUGAUCCACACAACUUUCUCAAAGAUUGGAAAUCAUCUUCAACAAUUCAUUACUGUAAUUGGGCUGGAAUCAAAUGCAAUAACUCAACCCAACAAGUUCAAAAGCUUGAUCUUAGUGAAAAAUCCCUUAAGGGAACAAUCUCUCCAUCACUUUCAAAUCUCUCUGCUUUAACCAUUCUUGAUCUCUCAAGAAACUCAUUUGAAGGUUCAAUUCCAAUGGAGUUAGGAUUUCUAGUUAAUCUCCAGCAAUUGAGUUUAUCAUGGAAUCAUCUCAAUGGAAGUAUCCCAAAAGAGAUUGGAUUUCUUCAGAAUUUGAAGUUUCUUGAUCUUGGUAGCAACAAACUCCAAGGGGAAAUUCCUCUGUUUUGCAAUGGCUCUAAUUUGUCGUUGAAGUAUAUAGACUUAUCAAACAAUUCAUUGGGUGGUGGAAUCCCUUUAAGAAACGAAUGCCCUUUGAAAAAUUUGAUGUGUCUUUUACUUUGGUCAAACAAAUUAGUUGGGAAAAUUCCUUUAGCGCUUUCGAAUUCAACCAAUUUGAAAUGGUUGGAUUUGGGUUCUAAUAAGCUUAAUGGAGAAUUGCCUUCUGAUAUUGUUCUUAAAAUGCCAUUGUUGCAGUACCUUUACUUAUCUGAUAAUGAGUUCAUUAGUCAUGAUGGUAAUUCAAAUCUUCAACCCUUCUUUGCUUCUUUAGUGAAUUCUUCAAAUCUUCAAGAACUUGAGUUAGCUGGAAACAAACUUAGUGGGGAAAUACCUUCCAUCAUUGGUGAUCUUCAUGUUAAUCUUUCUCAGCUUCAUUUAGAUGAUAAUCUUAUCUAUGGUUCAAUUCCUCCUUCAAUUUCAAAUCUUAGAAAUCUUACCCUUUUGAAUUUAUCAAGUAAUCUUUUGAAUGGAACUAUUCCUUCGGAACUUUCAAGAUUGAGAAAUCUAGAAAGGUUUUAUCUUUCAAACAACUCACUUUCUGGUGAAAUCCCAUCUUCUCUUGGUGAAAUCCCUCAUUUGGGUCUUCUUGAUUUGUCAAGAAACAAGCUUUCUGGUUUAAUUCCUGAGGCUUUAGCUAAUCUUACCCAGUUGAGAAAAUUGCUUCUUUAUUCCAAUAAUCUCUCAGGUACAAUCCCAUCAAGCUUAGGAAAAUGCAUAAACUUGGAGAUUUUGGAUCUCUCUAACAACCAAAUUUCUGGUGUUCUUCCUAGUGAAGUUGCUGGAUUGAGAAGCUUGAAGUUGUAUUUGAAUCUUUCGAGGAAUCAUUUACAUGGGCCAUUGCCAUUAGAGCUAAGCAAAAUGGAUAUGGUUCUUGCAAUUGAUUUAUCUUCCAACAAUCUCUCGGGCUCAAUUCCAUCUCAACUUGGAAACUGUAUUGCUUUAGAAAAUCUCAACUUAUCUGAUAAUUCAUUUGAUGGCUCUUUACCAAUUUCAAUUGGGCAACUUCCAUAUCUUCAAUCACUUGAUGUUUCUUUGAACCAUUUAACAGGAAUCAUACCAGAAAGCCUUGAAAAAUCUCCAACUCUCAAGAAACUAAACCUCUCUUUCAACAAUUUCUCAGGGAAAAUCCCAAACAAUGGUGUAUUUUCAUGGCUAACAAUCUCAUCUUUCUUAGGAAACAAUGGUUUAUGUGGAUCAUCAUCAUCAUCAAUUAAAGGCUUGCCAAAAUGCAAAGAGAAACACAAACAUCAUAUUCUAUCAAUUCUCAUGUCUUCAUCGGCAGCUUUCGUGUUCUGUAUGAUUGGGAUUUCAUUAGCAGCACUAAGGUCAAAAAUGAGAAAAAGAUUUGCAGUUUGUAACAGAAGGGAUUUAGAAGAAGCAAAUGAAGAAGAAGAAGAAGAAAUGAAGUACCCAAGAAUCUCAUAUGGACAAUUAGUGGAAGCCACCAAUGGAUUCAGCUCCUCAAAUUUAAUUGGGUCAGGGAGAUUUGGAGACGUGUACAAAGGAAUUCUAUCAGACAACACAAAAAUUGCUGUGAAAGUAUUGAAUCCGACGAGAACGGCAGGGGAAAUCUCAAGGAGUUUUAAAAGAGAAUGUCAAGUAUUGAAAAGAACAAGGCAUAGGAAUUUGAUAAAAAUCAUAACAACUUGUAGUAGGCCAGAUUUUAAAGCUCUUGUUCUUCCAUUGAUGGGUAAUGGAAGCUUGGAAAGUCAUCUUUAUCCAAGCCAAAUUGAUUUGGUUCAAUUGGUGAGUAUUUGCAGAGAUGUGGCUGAAGGAGUGGCAUAUUUGCAUCAUCAUUCACAUGUUAGAGUGGUGCAUUGUGAUCUCAAACCAAGUAAUAUUCUUCUUGAUGAGGAUAUGACUGCUUUGGUUACUGAUUUUGGAAUUGCUAGAUUAGUGAGUGGUGGUGGUGGUGGAGAAGAUAAUCAUAAUAACAGUAAUAACAAUAAUGGUGGUGGUGGUGGUGGUGGUCAAGAUGAUUCAACUUCAUUUAGUUCAACUCAUGGCUUGCUUUGUGGAUCUGUUGGUUACAUAGCUCCUGAGUACGGACUUGGAAAACAGGCGUCAACAGAAGGAGACGUGUUCAGUUUCGGGGUGCUUCUAUUAGAACUCAUAACAGGGAAACGUCCAACGGAUCAUUUUUUCGAGCAAGGAGCAGGACUACAUGAAUGGGUCAAAAGCCAAUAUCCCCACCAAUUGGACCCCAUCGUCGAUGAUGCUAUGGAUAGAUACUGCACGGCGGCGGCAGAAAGGCGAGGCGGGCCAAGGCCUUGCAAACGGCUAUGGCGUGAAGUGAUCGUGGAGGUUAUAGAAAUGGGGUUGAUGUGUACUCAGUUCAGUCCAUCAAUGAGGCCCUCCAUGGUAGAUGUGGCUCAAGAAAUGACUCGUUUGAAGGAAUAUCUCUCACAUUCUUUGUCAUCUCUCUAUACUAGACGAUGACAAGAUUGUCAGGAAAGCAAAAUUGUCGAAGUUACUGGAUUAAUCUCUAGGGAAAUGGAGGUUGUUGAUCCAUUGUUUUGUAAUAUGGUGUCAUCAACUUCAACUUCAACUUUGUGUAGUUUUCUUUUAAAAGGGGAGGGAAAUUUAUUGGAUUUGUUUGUUUGUAU